AUGAGCUCCAAAGACGGCGAAUCUGGUGCCUCGGCGCCGCGCAAGACGCCCAUUCUCGCUCCUACGCCCGAAAGUAAGCCCACGGCUCGCGCCGAGCUUACCGCCGACCAGCAGGCCAAGUACGAAGCGCUCCUCAUCAAGGCCAAGUCUUGGACGGACGUGACCUGCGAUAAGGAAAAAGAAAAAUCCGGUCCCAUACUUGACCGGGAGCGCGCCUGGUUGACCCGCGACUGUCUCCUGCGCUACCUCCGCGCGACCAAGUGGAAUGUCGACGAUGCGGCUAAGCGUGUGCAGGGCACGCUCGGCUGGCGCCGCGAGUAUGGCCUCGACGACUUUACGCCCGACUACAUCUCCCCCGAGCAGGAGACGGGCAAGCAAAUCAUUGUGGGCUACGACAAGAUGGGCCGUCCGUGCCAGUACCUCAACCCGGGACGGCAGAACACGGACGCGAGCCCGCGGCAGAUCCACCACCUGUUCUACAUGGUUGAGCGCGUAACGGACAUGAUGCCCGCGGGCGUCGAGCAGCUGAGUCUGAUGAUUAACUUCAAACCGAGCAAGAAGAGGCAGAAUACUAGCGUGCCCGUGUCGACGGCACGCGAGGUGCUGCACAUUCUCCAGAACCACUAUCCAGAGCGUCUGGGCAAGGCACUGAUUAUCAACGUACCCUGGAUUGUCUGGGGCUUCUUCAAAAUCAUUACGCCUUUUAUCGACCCGGUCACGCGCGACAAGCUCAAGUUCAACGAGGACAUGAAGCAGUACGUUCCUGCCGAGCAGCUCUGGAGCGAGGACUGGGCCGGCCAGAUGAACUUUGACUACGAUCACGACACGUACUGGCCCGCACUCAACGAGCUCUGUGAGCAGCGUCGCGAGGCCAAGAUGGCGCGCUGGGCUGCGGCCGGGAAAGUCAUUGGCGAGUCCGAGGACUACCUCGCGGGUGGCAACGACACCAGCGUCACCGGCUUCACCUACGGGGCUAGCGGUGGAAAGGUUUGCUUGGAGGAACAGAUGGUGGCGACGACUCUGGAUGAAAAGGCGCCCGUGACGGAGGCAGAACCUCAGGCUGCGGUGACGGCGUAG